GUUGAAAGAUGGAUGAUAAUGAACAUUUUUAAAUUAAAGAACCAAAAUAAAAUUUCUUCCAGAGAUUGCCUCCUCCUCCCUCCGCCAUGGCCACUCUCACAACCUUCCUGUUUCCACCAUUUUCUUCUCGCUCUUUCUUCCAUUACCUUCGUUUCGAUUCUGAUUCUCGCAGCCGCUGAAUUUCUCGGCAAGCAUCUGCAGUAUUCCAAAUUCUGGAGCCCUAAAAACUCCGCCCACAAAAUCCACCUCCAUAGCCGCUCCGCCAUGCUCCUCUGUUACGCCCCUGCCUUCGCCCUCACGCUCAUGAUCUCCUUCUUCUUCCCGCGCCACAUUCACCCUGACCCGAGGAUUUUUCUAAUCAAAUCGCUCCUCCUCCUCCAUUUCUCCAAGCGGAUCUUCGAGGUUGUUUUCGUUCACAAGCACAGCAACAAGAUGGCUCUGAACGACGCGAUUCUGACCUCGAUUUGCUACAUACUCUUCUCCGCCGCCACGAUCUACGCUCAGAUGGUCUCGCAGGAUCUUGCGGAGCCGGAGAUGGACCUCGUGCCGGCCGGAUUGGCGCUGUACUCGAUCGGAAUCGCCGGUAAUUUCUACCACCAUUUUCUACUGUCGAAGCUGAGGAGAGAGGGGGAGAGAGAAUACAGGAUUCCGAAGGGCGGAUUGUUCGAAGCGGUGGUGUGCCCUCACUACCUGUUUGAGAUCAUCGAAUUUCUGGGAAUCUCCUUCGUUUCGCAGACAUUGUUCUCGUUCGUCUUCACCUUCGGAUCGGCGCUGUUCUUGAUUGGGAGGAGCCAUGCCACCAGGAAUUGGUACGUCUCUAAAUUUGAAGAUUUCCCUCCCCAUCUUAAAGCUAUUGUGCCUUUUCUUUUCUAGAAAUUGCUAUGCUCUGUAACAAAUAACAGAUUUGAAUAUUUGAAUGUUGCUUAGAGUUUUUCUUC